AGUCACUGUCGUACCAUAAAUUUGACGGACCCUUACAAGCUACUGGUUGAAUAGUAACUAGUAACACCCAGAAUCGUGACUGGAGGAAUUAAUUCAGCUCAUAAUUAAUUUUGCUCCAUUUAUAUGAUGGCGCGACUAAACUACUCUCUUUAAAAUACAGCCGAGCUCCGUCUCUAUAUCACCCCAGUGCAAGCGCAAAUAAGGUCGGGAGCCAGUUUAACUUUAUUUUGUAAUAUCGUGUGAUCUUACGAGACUUCAUGUCUUCCUUGACGACGGUUGUCACUUUGAUGUUACAUCGACGCCAUUUUUGAUGCUACAUCUGCACUUUGCUGUUCUGAAAACGUUUUUUUCCUACCCUUUGUUGCAAUUCUUGAACCUGCCACCAUGAAUGCGAGCACUUAUGUUCAAGUUGAUCGGAUGAUCUGGUUCCCCCAGCCUCUGUCCCAACUGACUUACCCUGCCCCUUGCCAUCAACCCACUUCAAAGUCCCUGACCAUCCCUGCCCACUUGUCCCACCUGCCCGUCCCACAGACCCUUCGCCCCAGCACUGUCCCCUCUGUGUCCCUCACCAUCGCUGGUCAGUACAUCGUGGACGACAGUGACUUUAUUGAAGUAGAUCUCGUGGAUGAGGAGAUUAUCCAGCCAACCCACUCCUUCCUGAAGGCCUUGCUAUCCAGAGUGGCCAACUUCUUCAGAAGAGUCAAGAGUGUGUUUAAGAAGAAGGAUGAUUAGGCAGUGAACUCUGAACACAUAUGUAUAUACUUAUACUUUGGACUGUUGAGGCAUGUGUGACAAUAUUUAGAAAAUACAUACAACUCAUCAUUGUUUGUUUUGGGCUAUUUUCCUUAUGUUAAUGAAAUACAUUAUUUGUUACAACA